GAUCUGCACUUGUGAGGGGAAAGCUUUGAAGGCUUAAAAUGGACUCGAUGCAACCUCGGAGGAGUUGGUAGAGUGGAUCAAGGCCUGGGCAAAGGAUUGAUCAGACCAGGAGCCGCGGGCAUGGAGCAAACUGAGCUGUUGGACCCCUUGGAGCUUGCCCCGGGAAUGGACAGCCACCUCCACCUCUGGAGGAGAGCACUGCCUAGUGAAGAAGCCUUCAAGGCAAGUCGAGGGGCGUGCUGAUAGUCUCCGAAGAGCAAGGCCAAGAGGUGACCUCCCAGACCCACAGCCAUGCCUUUCGGGCUGAAACUGCGACGGACCCGGCGCUACAACGUCCUGAGCAAGAACUGCUUUGUGACACGGAUCCGUCUGCUGGACAGCAAUGUGAUCGAGUGCACGCUCUCCGUGGAGAGCACAGGCCAGGAGUGCCUGGAGGCUGUGGCGCAGAGGCUGGAACUGCGAGAGACACACUACUUUGGCCUUUGGUUUCUCAGCAAGAACCAGCAAGCCCGAUGGGUGGAACUGGAAAAACCUCUGAAGAAGCAGCUGGACAAAUUUGCCAAUGAGCCCUUGCUUUUUUUUGGGGUAAUGUUCUAUGUGCCCAGUGUUUCCCGACUGCAGCAGGAGGUAACAAGAUAUCAGUAUUACCUACAGGUGAAAAAGGAUGUUCUUGAUGGCCGAUUACGUUCGUCACUGGAGCAAGGAAUUCGGCUAGCUGGUUUGGCAGUGCAAGCGGAUUUUGGUGACUAUAAUCAAUUUGAGUCUCAUGACUUCCUCCGAGAAUAUGUCUUGUUUCCAAUGGACUGGACCCAGGAUGAGGCUGUCUUAGAGGAGCUAACUCAAAAAGUUGCUCAGGAACAUCGAAAUCACAGUGGCAUUACAGCAGCAGAAGCUGAGCUGAUGUACAUCAAUGAAGUGGAACGCCUGGAUGGGUUUGGGCAGGAAAGCUUCCCUGUGAAGGAUAAUCAUGGAAAUGACAUACACCUUGGUAUUUUCUUCAUGGGAAUCUUCAUAAAAAACAGGAUCGGAAGGACAACGGUGAUCUAUAGGUGGAAUGACAUUGGGAAUAUAGCACAUAACAAGUCUUCAAUUGUUCUAGAGUUGAUCAACAAAGAAGAGAAUGUGCUCUUUCACACGGAUGAUCUUGAAAAUGCCAAAUAUAUUUCACGACUGUUUGCAGCAAGACAUAAGUUUUACAAACAGAACAAAAUCUGCACAGAACAAUCCAGUUCUCCUCCCCCUAUCCGACGGCGGCCCACUUGGAGUAGGUCGUCCUUGCCAAGACAGCACCCGUUUAUACUGCCUCCUAUGCAUGUCCAGUGUGGAGAGCACUACACUGAAACACAUAAUUCACAAGACAGCAUUUUCCAUGGAAAUGAAGAAACUUUCUACGGUAGGUCUCAGACUAGCCUGGACAGGUGUCCAGUGGACUUCAGCUACCUAAAUGGUAACGGACCCAAUGGGAGCGUAUGCAGUGCCCACAGCAUGAACUCCCUUAAUCGCUCCCAGAACUUCAUUCAGGCAUCUCCAAUGUCCUCCAACCUGAGCAUCCCUGGAAGCGACAUUAUGAGAGCAGAUUAUAUCCCCAGCCACAGACACAGUGCAAUCAUAGUACCAUCUUAUCGGCCGACUCCGGAUUAUGAAACUGUCAUGAGGCAAAUGAAGAGAGGAGUGAUCCAGAUGGAUAGCCAAAGUCAGUCCCUGAGGAAUCUCAAUAUUGGAAACACACAUGCUUACAACCAGCCAGAAGACCUAGUUUACAGUCAGCCCGAGAUCCGUGAGAGACAUCCUUACACUAUGACUUACGGUCCCCAGGGUGGUGGUGGUGGCAGCUAUAACAAACCUGUUGUCCCCUCUGACCAAAUGAACCCUAAUAACACUGUGCAAAAUAAGAYGGCAGCCAGCGCCAUCUCACACACAGUUAGCACCCCGGAACUGGCUAACAUGCAGCUGCAAAGCAGCCAGAACUACAACACUGCCCACAUGUUGAAGAACUACCUGUUCAGACCACCGCCUCCGUACCCCCGGCCACGUCCUGCCACGAGCACUCCCGACCUGGCCAGCCACCGGCACAAGUACGUCAGCGGGAGCAGUCCUGACCUGGUCACCCGCAAGGUGCAGCUCUCCGUGAAGACGUUCCAGGAGGACAGCUCGCCCGUGGUCCGCCAGUCUCUGCAGGAGGUCAGCGAGCCCCUCAUGGCGGUGAAGCACCACGCGGCCGCCAACAAGCGCCACAGCCUGGAGGUCAUCAGCAACAUGGUACGUGGUAUAGAAGCCAUGGCACUCAAAACUUUGAACGCCCCCCUGCCACGCAGGAAUACUUUGCGGGAGCAGGUGCAGCCGGAAGAUGCAGUUCAGAUGGGACAUGAGGUUCAGCAGAUUCCUCACUAUCACCAUAAAAAGACAUUCUCUGAUGCCACGAUGCUGAUACAUAGCAGCGAAAGUGAAGAGGAGGAGGAAACGGCAGAGCCUGUGUCGCAGAUGACAGCCCUCCAUGAGAACAUGGAAUAUAGUGCUCAGCUGCAAGCCGCCCUGGCUAGGAUACCCAAUAAACCUCCUCCAGAGUAUCCUGGGCCUCGGAAAAGUGUCAGCAAUGGAGCUCUGAGGCAGGACCAUGUUAGUGUUUCCRUGGCCAGGGCCAAGGCCAUGAGGCCAGGGCCAUCUAAGGCCAUCAGUGUAUCUCGAACUGAUCAAGUGGCAAUAAAUGGGUCCUCGCUUGGGCCCUCUAUCUCAGAGCCUGACCUCACGAGUGUCAAGGAGAGGGUCAAGAAGGAGCCCGUCAAGGAAAGACCUGUCUCUGAAAUGUUUUCUAUUGAAGACAGCAUUAUAGAAAGAGAAAUCAUGAUGAGGAAUCUAGAAAAGCAGAAGAUGGCAGGCCUGGAGGCCCAGAAGAGGCCCUUGAUGCUGGCAGCACUGAAUGGGCUCUCGGUUGCGAGGGUUCGUGUGCCGGAGGACAGCCAGGAUGAAGUAGCCAAGGUGCCAAUGGAUGAGAGGUGCAAAAUCUUGAGAAGGAAGUUGGAAGAGGGGAUGGUGUUUACAGAAUAUGAGCAGAUUCCAAAGAAAAAGGCCGAYGGGAUCUUCACCACUGCUGCCUUGCCUGAAAACACUGAGCGCAACCGUGUCAGGGAGGUUGUUCCUUAUGAAGAGAACCGAGUUGAGUUGGUGCCAACCAAAGAAAACAAUUCAGGCUACAUCAAUGCUUCACACAUAAAGGUCGCUGUAGGUGGGGAAGAGUGGCACUACAUUGCCACCCAAGGGCCUCUGCCACACACGUGCCAUGACUUCUGGCAGAUGGUGUGGGAACAGGGCGUGAAUGUUAUAGCCAUGGUCACGGCGGAAGAGGAGGGAGGAAGGAGCAAGAGUCAUCGCUACUGGCCUAAGCUGGGCUCCAAGCACAGCUCAGCCACUUACGGCAAGUUCAAGGUGACGACCAAGUUCCGCACGGACUCGGGCUGCUACGCGACCACGGGGCUCAAGGUCAAGCACCUCCUGUCCGGACAGGAGAGGACUGUGUGGCACUUGCAAUAUACCGACUGGCCAGACCAUGGCUGUCCGGAGGAAGUCCAAGGAUUUUUAUUUUACUUGGAGGAGAUACAGUCGGUGCGUCGCCAUACCAACAGUGUGCUGGACAGCAGCAACAACUGCAACCCUCCCAUCGUGGUUCACUGCAGCGCGGGGGUCGGGAGGACCGGCGUGGUUAUCCUGACAGAGCUCAUGAUCGGGUGCUUGGAGCAUAACGAGAAAGUGGAUGUGCCAGUGAUGCUGAGACACCUACGGGAGCAGAGAAUGUUUAUGAUCCAGACCAUAGCCCAGUACAAAUUUGUCUAUCAAGUGCUCAUCCAGUUCCUGCAGAACUCCAGACUUAUUUAAUCUCUUUGAAGAUCCCAAACGUAGGUUUCUGGAUUUGACUGAACCUUGCUGAUAAGAGAGGAACUGCCUUGAUAACAUUGUGUGCAUAUAUUGUACUUACUCAAGUUGUCUUGAACGUAAGCAAUGAUUAUUCUUUACUAGAGUCUCACAUGGAUUAUUUUAUACAAGAUAUAAUUUAUUUUUCUUGGAAUAAUUUGUGAAUUACUUUAACUUGUGAAACUUACAGUAACCUUUGAAUUGAACCACAUUUGACAUGACUGAUCUGCAGUGUAACAUGUUCAUAGGGAAAAGCAAUCUUCUCUAAAGGUGCAGUGUACCAGCUUUUAGCUUGCUACGUGGUUUAUGAGUUAAACAGUUUUUGGCAGUAGACUUCCUUCUCAGAUAAGAAUAUUGUGGAGUCAAAUGUGUGGCUUCCAAGGUAAAAAUGAGACCCACUACAUGUCAUCAAGGGUUGUGCAGGAGAGGAGUCUGAGGAUGCAGAAUCCUGAGGUAGAGACCUGUGUCUGCACACGCAGCAGACACCAGCAGAUACCUGUGUCUGCACACGCAGCAGGGAGAGUUACAGAGGGCUCUAACACAGGCAGUUCUGAGAGCAGAGGACUCGGGGUGCUAAAACUGUUCAAAUUUCACAGGAAUUACAGUUGCAGUUUAGUCCUUGAAAGAAGCAAUASUGGAUCUUUAAAAUGAGGUCUUUACCAGCCUUUGGAGGGAUUCUUAAGAGAUGAAGUGCUGGAAAAACAGCACAGAGUGAGACGAGGUCCGUCAGUGAGUCCUCCCUGUAAGUGUGGAUUGAAGGGCAGAGGCGUUUUCUGCUGUUCCUCAUCCCCUUAAGCUGCCAUCUUCCUGCCACCAGUCCUGCUCUUGGCUGCACUUGCCUGGACUUGUUGGUCCUGAAGGUUCAAUGGAGAACAGGCCAGAAUGGAAAGGAGCCCUGGAGGACUCUGUCCCAGCGCUGCUCGCAGCUGCACCAACUUCAAAGGUGGAUCGGGCACCCAAGGMCACGUCCAGUUGAGUUUUAAAAAUCUCCAAAGGCCCUUACCAGGCCCCUUGUAGCAAGGCUUAGCCAUCGUUGUGGUGAAGUUAUUUUUCAGAUUCUUUGGUUUAAUCUUUUAGCCCCUCGUUGCUUUUGCUUGGCAUGCCUACCUGCUAACCCUGGCCAUCCUCAUCUCUGAGCCCUUCUUCUCUGGCAGCUGGGCCCCCCCAGCUGUCCCCUCUCUCCUUUUAGGGGAUCUCUGCCAAUUCCUAAGUGUUUUGUCCUCCUUCUGACUUGCAUCCCCAUCAUCACCCUACUAGCUGGUGCUUUAUACUAUCUCCACAGCCUUGGCAGAUAAACAGUCUGAUCUCCUGUGUUUUUUUUUUUUCUGCCUCCCAGUUUCCCACUGUGUUUCUCUGCUGGAUGGGAUUGUUUGUUUAUUUUGAGCAUACAGCUGCUAUGCCAUGGCACUGAGGGAAGUGCAGGCAUUGGCCUUUCUUCAAUGRAAAGCUUCAGCAGUAGCAGAUGGGAUAGGUCAGAUAACAUAUUACUAGAGUCUGUGGGCCA